AUGACUCUUUAUCUUCCUCGAUCAGAAGCACGACGGCGUCUUCUCAAUGCGCAGUGGCGGCCGAUUCUCAAUUCUUCUGACCAACCAUCCCCAAGAAACCUCUUAUCCUUCUUAACCUUCAUCUUCGCUCUGUUUCAUCUCUAUAAUGAUACGACCCACUCAAUUCUUCCUCAAUGGUUGAACUGUGGAUGGGCUAGGGGCUUCCUCCUGAGAAUGAGCUUUUUGUUUUACCUGGGAAACUGCAAUGAGGUUCAGCCUGAGGCUUCUUUGAAGUUGCUGCAAGGGAAUUCAAGUCUUGUAUUUACAAGUGACUUGUGUACAAGUCUGCAUGAAGGUGAGACUUUGGCAUGGAGGCAUUUUGGAAUCCAAUGCAACAUGAAGCUGAGAGAAGAGAUAAUUUGA